UUUGGAAAAGAAAUUACAUUCACGGAAAGUGUAGUAUUUUAGUUGUAGUUUUGAGUCAUUUUUUGUUCAUAUCUGGUUAAUGAUAUUCAAAUAAGACAAAGAUUUUUCAUUGUUUUUAUGUCGAUGCUAUUUAUUUCUUUCUCCCUUUCCUUCCUAACCACAACACUCGAAAAGUCACAAACAAAAGACAGUUAUUUAUUACACAUCACUAUUGUGUUAAUCGUGUUUAUGCCUAUACGUUGUUAUAAAGUUAGGAUAUAAUUUAUUAUUAUUGGUGUCUUUCCCUUUGGACUGUUGAACUUUUUAUACCGCAAACAGUAUAAUAUUAAAGCAGUCACCAUGGCGAAAAUGGCAUUUCAGCACCAGGCUGGAACAGCUAUGGAGUGCCUUAGUAUACCUAUAACACUCCAGAAAGAAGCUGGUGUUGACUCAGAAGGAAGAGAAGUUAUGAAAUGUGGUUUUAAAAUUGGCGGUGGAAUUGACCAAGAUUUUCGCAAAAGUCCACAGGGAUACACUGAUAAUGGUAUCUAUGUAACAGAAGUACAUGAAGGAAGCCCUGCAGCAAAAUCUGGAUUGAGAAUGCAUGACAAAAUACUGCAGUGCAACGGCUAUGACUUCACGAUGGUAACACAUAAAAAAGCGGUAAGCUAUAUAAAGAAACAUCCAAUCUUGAACCUAUUAGUGGCAAGGAAAGGUGUUACAUCUACAUAAAGCAAUUUGUUAAAGACCAUCUUACUUAUAAACAUUAUUUAGUCUUAACAACUUGAAGGUUUAUCUAUUUACUAUAUUUAUAGAAUAGAUUACUAACUUUGUGUUAUCUUUCAAGAUAACAAUGAAAUGAGCAAUCACAAACACUAUGAGGCAUACUCAUGACUUAUCAUCAAUAAUUCAAUUGGUUUUGUACUAGAAUCAGUCAGUAGCACUGACAUACUAAAAUGAUUAACUGUUUGUUGUUUACAUUCAUUAUAAUUUAUUUAUAUGUAAUGUAAUAAAUGUUGAUAAUUAUAUGAAAUUAUGUACUUAAUAAAAUAUAAGGACAAACUAUAUUGCAAUCAUGAAUAUUAUUUGAAUUAUUUCUAUUAACUUCUUUUCUUCUUAUGAGUCUUAUCAGAAGAUAAAUUAAGCAGUUUAACAGCUUUCUGUUGGCAAUCAAAGAAAUACAAUGCCUGUUUUAUUAUUCUUAGUGCUACUAUGUAGUUUUGAUUCAACCCCAUCUGAUAUAUGACACUUCUUACCAAUCAACUGCUGAUUUGUACCACAAUAUCAUGUUCAAACUACUUGCCUUAAACAAACUAAUAUAGGUACAAACUUCUUUUAAUAUGCUGAUAUAUUGUAGCGAAAGUUUGUCCAUACAAAAUUAGUUUAUAUACAUUGGAAAUAAGGUCUAUAAUGAAUGAGUUAGUGAAUGAAUUGGGGAUCGAGCAGAUAAGAGUAAUAUUACAUCAUUCUUAAAAAUAUCCAAGCUAUAUAUUUUUUAAACUAAACAAUUAUUCCACGCAGUAUUUCCUAAAUACCAAUAAUAUAUUACAUGCACAGCAUGCACUAAGAUUUACAACUAUAGUUACAUUUUUACACCCAUUUUUUAUAUCUUUUUUAUACAUUGUAUAUUUUACUUGUAAAGUUUUAGUAAGUUUAUAAGUUUAGUAUUAUGUAUCAUAAUUAAAUAAAUAAGAAUGAAAUAAUAAUAUCCAAAUACUCAAGCGCUACUCAGUAAGUGAUAAAUUACCUUUUGUCAAUAUAAUGUUAAAGGUUAAAAUUGCAUGUACUUUGUACUCAGACUUACUGUCUCUCUUAAAAUAUUCCUAGAUUUUAUACCAUUAAUAAUUUUAGGUCUGUGUAUAACUUAUAAAAUUAUCUACUAACGAAAAUUUAAUGAAAUAAUGUGAAUCGGGUUAUUUUAAGUAUAUAAGUAAAUAUAAUUGUUAGAUUUUAUUUAAAAUUAUAAAGUAAUAAAACCUCAGGUGAUUAUAAGGUUUAUAAGUAAAUUGGUGAAUUGUUUGAAUUUUGAGUUAAGAGCUUGGAGUAUGGAGCACUGAAUUAGUAUUAUAAAAUGACAAGUGAUUAUAAUAAUGUUAUUUAUUUUUUUACUUAUAAGUUAGUAAAGUACUGUUUAAUUGUGAAAAAAUUGUAAAACUGUCCUACAUAGUACAGCGAAUUACUAAGAGGCAUUUGAAAGUAUUUUAUUAUAUGAGUUACCAAUGACAUAUUUUUAUACUAAACAAUUGCAUUUACACCAGCAAUAGUUAUAAUUUUUACUUGAUAAAAAUUAGCAUGAAUUUGUCAUGGAAUAAUGACGUAGUUUAAGUAUUUAUUAGUGGUUAUAUUUUUGAAUUUAUAAAAAUUUAUAAAUUGGUUAAGUAUAUGUAUAGAUACUAUCUGCUUUACUCUCACAUACAUAAUAUUGAAUUGGAUUCAUGAAAGUAAAAUAUAUUAAUUCAAUAAAAAUAUGAAUUUAAUUUACAAAUUGAGUGUGUAACUAGAUAAUAUGGUAAAGGUGUUUGUGAGUAAGGCAGUUAUUAUAAGUUACUUUGUUAUGGCUCAUUAUACUUAAGCAUCAUUAGUAAAGAUCAAACUUUCUUACUUCAUCAUACUGAAAAUGCAAAGUAUUAUUGGAAUUUGUUUUGAAAAUAUUUUAAUAUUAGCCCCGAGUCAGGAACUCUUGGGUGGCGAAUUAGCACAAGAUUCGGUGCUUAUUACAAGAGUCCCAUAGCUGGCGAAAACUGGAUGUUACACUGUGUAGUGUCCUUGCACUUUCGAGAUUAAAAGUAUUACACAUUUACAUUAUCUUUGAUAAUGCAAGCCUAUGGUCAGUCAGCUAAGUUUUUUUUUUACUGAUAGAGAAGAUUAGUAACUAAUAUUAUAGAGCCUAUUAAUAUUUGACCCCUUCUAAAAAUAAAAUAAUGCAAUUACAGUUUUUUUGUAUAACUACAUGGUUUUAUGCACUGUGCCAAAUAACACUGCUCCAUCUAUAAUUAUUUUAUUUUUACAUGUAUUUGAACUGAAACAUGUUAUUUAAUAAAAUGAAAAACCAUUUA